GUUUCAGAAUGUGAGCACGGGAGCUUCUGUCUUGCGCGUAGCGUCAUUGGACGAACGGAGCGCAGCGCCGUGACAGGGCGGCGCAUAUACCAAUGAAUGAGCGCAGGGACGCGGAGGAGGCGUUCACAUGAAAAAUAUCGGUCUUGUGUCACAGUUCUGUGGGAGAUGGGAGGUGUAUGUAUUUCGCUACUACCUCGAGUGAGGACGUUUUCUCUGUUUCUAAUCAUUUCCACAUGGAUGUCUGGUAACCAAGGAAGGUAAAGGUAUCGGAGCUUAACUGGAACCCGCCCUUAAACAUUCUAUAACUCAGUGACGUCAUUUUGUUCGGCAUAUACUGCUAACAAGCUAGCUAGCUUGCUACAUAACCAACGCACACUGUCAGAAUGGCAGGCGCCGCGAGCAGCAAAGGUUGUCAGAAGAUCAGUGGGUCUCAAAUCAGAGAUCUGCUUGACGCCAAACGCUUCGUGCUUUUUGACUGCGAUGGGGUGAUUUGGAACGGCGAAACGGCGGUACCCGGCGCGCCAGAGGUAGUGAGUUUGUUGAAACAACAAGGCAAAGGGGUGUUUUUCGUUACCAACAAUUGCACCAGGCCUAGAGAAAACUACGUGCAGAAGUUUUCCAGAUUGGGCUUCAGUGAUGUCGUGCAGGAAGAGAUUUUUAGUUCGGCGUACUGCUCUGCAGUUUACCUGCGAGACGUGGCUAAGGUACAAGGCAAGGUCUUUGUCAUCGGGGGUAAUGGAGUGUACAAAGAGCUCCAGGACGCUGGUGUGCCUUUCGUGGAGGAAGAGGCUGGUGUAUCCGAAGAGAGCAUAUACGACUGUCCAUUAGAUUCGGAGGUCAGGGCGGUUCUGGUCGGCUACGACGAGAAAUUUAAUUUCUUGAAACUGGCUAAGGCUUGCUGCUACUUGCGGAAUGCGGACUGUCUCUUUCUGGCCACAGACCCCGACCCCUGGCAUCCGCUCAGAGGUGGAAGAGUCACACCAGGUUCCGGCAGCCUGACGGCAGCCCUGGAGACGGCCACCGACCGCAAGGCCACAGUCAUCGGCAAGCCCAGCCGCUUCAUGUUCGAGUGCAUCGCCAGCCAGUUCGGCGUGGACCCCGCCCUGGCCCUCAUGAUCGGGGACCGCCUGGAGACGGACAUCCUCUUCGGGGCCAACUGCGGGCUGGACACCAUGCUCACCCUGACGGGGGUCUCCGGGAUGGACGAAGCCGAGGGCUACAAGGACAGCGACGCCCUGGAGAAAAAGGACUUUGUGCCAGACUACGUGGUGGACACCAUCGCUGACUUCCUGGACGCGCAGGAGGAGGACUGAAGCCUCCGUCGGAGCAGGACCGACAGCCAGCGGCGAUCACACAGGCAGCCUCCUGCCACGGGCACCCUCUUCCUCCUCCUCCUCCUCCUCUAUCUCCUGUAUUUCACUGGACCUCAGUCUCUCCCCCACCCACCCCAGCAGUCACAUGAACCCUUACAUUCUUCAGUUUCAGUCACACACGUGCACGAUCCAUCUGCAGGGGCGUGGGUUCGAGAGAACGUUUGAGCACAGAGAGCGACCCUUCCAUAAGCCAACAUUCGAACGUAUUCUGUGGAAACUCAUCACUGUUUUCAUAGUCUAAUACAUUCCAAAAAAAAAGCAGCUUUUAAAUGUCUUCAGGUCGUGUUUAGUCUUGGGGGAUUGUACAAGUGAUAAGCCUGCAGUUAAAAUCUGCUUAUCUCAAAUACAACAGCCGGUGUUGUGCUCAUUGAGACAAUCAACCAGACUAAGCGUACUAGUUGGUGAAAUCAUCUGGUGUGAUUUCUCACUGCUCUGGCCUGGAAAGUUUGGCCUCAGAGUGUUAAAAUAGCAUAGAUUAAUAUUCAUACUCAUGUGCUCCCUGCAUUACACAGACCAUAAUACACCAGAUUUCUUCUGCUGAAGCAGUCUGUGACGAGUUCGAAAAAAAGUGAGCCUACAAUGUUUAUGACGGGUUGGACAUGCUUGUCACUCACAAUCAGAAGUUCUGUUUUAUAGGGUGAAAUUAUGCAGGCUCAGACUUCCCCUUUGGAACUGAAGCUUGUAAAACUGAAAAAAAUAAAAAAUAAAUGUAUGAAGUCCAGUCGCCAGUCCAAGGCCAGGGCCUCCCCAAAAUAUUAUUUCCUGUUUUUCCACAUUUCACCAAAGCAUUUACAAAAACAUGAGUCUAACAGCAUCACAGAAAAAACUGCACUGCCGCUGCUUCGCACUACUGCAAGAUAUUUCUUAUUUGUGGUUAAAAUAACCUGUCAAAGGAAAAAUGACUACAUUAUUGGAAAUCAGAAAAAAAAAUGAUACACUGUUUAAAGUGCAAGCAAUUAAAGCAACCACCUUAUAACUACACUGUACCUGCCAUGUUACAUUAACAGAAACACCAUGUUGUGCUUAGCAGUGCACACACUCAGAGGAGAUAGAAUUCCUGUGCGAAUAAUUAAUUCUCUCUCAGCAAUGCACGCAAAUUGUUAAAAGGCGACUGAGAAUUUUGGGGCGGAUGGGCGGCUCGCCUGGUUUAGCUCACUGUUCUAGAAUGUGGACGUACCCCAGCGCAGCCCCAUGGGGUGACACACUGUUAGCGCCAGCGUUGUCCAGGAGAGGGGGUGAGAGCGUCUCUCUUCGCGCGCUAGCGACCCCUGCUGGUCGCACAGGCUGUCGCAGGCUGCCUGUUGAGCUAUGCGUCCAGCGGCUCGCUCAGUUAAGAAAUGGCGGCGUCGGACUACACACAGGUCAGAGGAGAGCACAGCGCUCGUCUGAAAAUUGACUGCAGGAGGUUCAGAAACGAGCACUGGGGAUGAUUAACAACUGGGCCAUUCCUAAUCGGGAGGGGAAGGGAUGGCAUAAAAAGGUGAUUGGGCAAACCAAGUAACCGCACAAAAUACCAUAUUUAUAUUUUGGUUAUUACUGAAGACAUCUGUAUGUGGACUGAUAGAUUGAUUUUUAUGUACUUGGAGUGCAAAAUGUGCCAAAAUGUCUCUCGGUCACAGUAUCUUUGAACAUAAAACGGUUUUUGAAAAAUUUGUGAACCAUUUGCAAAGACCAACUAGAAUUGAUCAUGCCGCAUAGUACGGGCUUAGCCUAGCAGAACAAUGAAAUGCACAAAAGACACUGUGGCUUCGCCAACAGCAGAGCGUAGAGGGGAGACUGAUUGCAGGUGCUUGAGAACAAAGCUAAGAGCUAAACGGUAUUACAAGUGCAAACGGGACUGACAGUACACACCAAGUGAAAUAAUCAUAGGCUUACAAAGUUCACUAUGAAUCUUUUUUCUUUUUAAACUGCUCAUUUGCAGAGAUGGAAAAAAAAAUGACUGCCUACAUUUAAGCCUGUCCAUUUCAAGUGUAGCAACUUUGAUAAGCCUUCAACUGUACUGUUUUUUCAAAUGGUGAAAAAAAAAACAUUCUUGUACUUAUCUGAGGGAAUGGUGUCUUCAGGAAAUUCAGUGUGAUUCAAUAGUUUAAUAUUUGUCUAAAGCAUAAUUGGUACUUUAUUUUUUAAAGGAAGUGUCAACCAGAGAAUGUUAAUGCUUGCGGGAAUGUUUGUUUAAAGUAGGAAUGUUUCAGGGGAGAAAAAUAGAUAUCUUCAUUGCCUGUGGUUUUCUCUUAUGGAUAAUUUCACAGUACAGUGUCUUGAAUUACCUUCUCAUCAUGUCGACAGUGGGCUGUGGUUUACAAUCAGUCCGCAAAAAAGACCUGUCUGUGGAAAAAUCCAAAAUUUGAUGAACAAGAAAAUCUUGAUAUCCUUCGCAAUCUUCCUUAGAUUCUUUAAUGACUGUAUAUUUCUAUAGUGAUUGAAAGUAUUUCUAAAUUUACUAGACACAGUACCUAAUUAAAGGAAUGCUAAACUGUUUAUCUCUAUGAGCCUGACGUGACAUGAAUUAAAUCAUGAAUUAUGUUGCCAAUGUAUAUUACUGUAUGUAGUAGCCUAUUUGCAUUUUUAAUUUAAACGGACUUGUUUGAUUCUGGA